AUGGACAGCAGCGGGGCGCUGGUGGUUCUGAACGGGUCCAGAUCCUUUUGGGACUCCACAGCAGAGCACCAGCACCAGUACAUCAUCUGGCUCCCUGGCACGGGCAUCGCUGCAGUCUAUGGGACAAUCAUCAUCAUCGGUCUGGUCGGAAACGUCACUUUGAUGAAGACGUGUUUGUUGGUGAAGUCUAUGCGCACGGUGCCGAACUUGCUGCUGUCCAGUCUGGCUGUGGGUGACCUGCUGCUGCUGGUGACCUGCGCCCCGGUGGACGCCAGCCGCUACCUGGUGGACCAGUGGCUGUUUGGCCGCGUUGGAUGCAAAAUUAUCCCGUUCAUCCAGCUCACUUCAGUGGGAGUCUCCGUGUUCACACUCACUGUUCUCUCCGCUGACCGGUACAAAGCCAUUGUCAACCCUCUGGACAUCCGUAGGUCCAGUAUCGGUUUACGAGUGGGGACAAUCUGGCUGCUGUCUGUGUCUCUGGCCAUUCCUGAAGCUGUCUUCUCUGACCUGCACACGUUCACCAUCAUCCACACCAAUGAGACAUUCGUGACCUGUGCCCCUUACCCCCACUCGGGAGACCUGCACCCGAAAAUCCACUCCACAGCCUUCUUCCUCAUCUUCUACAUCAUCCCGCUCUUCAUCAUAUCCGUCUACUACUGCUUCAUCGCUCGCAGUCUGAUCAGGAGCUCAGUGGACCUCCCAGCUGAAGGACACGUGCACCUCCAGAAGCAGAUCAAGUCCAGGAAGCGUUUGGCCAAAACCGUGCUGGUGUUUGUUGGCUUGUUUGCGGUCUGCUGGCUGCCCAGUCAUAUGAUCUACCUGUACCGCUCCUACAACUACGACCAGGCGGACACGUCACUGGCCCAUUUCGUCGCCAGCGUGUGCGCUCGCAUCUUGGCCUUCACCAACUCAUGCGUGAAUCCGUUUGCUCUUUACCUGAUGAGCAAAAGCUUCAGCAAACACUUUAACAAGCAGCUCUGCUGCACUUCUCCCAGACGGAUGAACAGCCAGAAUAGUGUGAACACAAACAACACAACCGUGUGA